CUUUGUGCUUAAUUCUUACUUAGUUCAAUAGCGCAGUGUACCGCGAACGUCGACGCUGAAGUACAUAUUUCGGUCUUGAAUUUAAAGUGUGGAAAUAUUUUAUUUUCAUUAAUAACAAAAACGCAGCAAUUUGGGACUACAAGCAAUAUUGAAUUAAAUGCUGAGCACAAAAUGAUACCAGUACAGAAGUGGAUUAUUAAGUAUUUAAAAACGAACUAGAAAAUUGAAGCCAGCAAAGUGUGGUGACGGACAUUUUUGGUGUAAGGAGUUACCAAAGAAUUAUAAAUUGUGUGUGUAAAGAAGUGCAAAAAAACACACACAUCUACAUAUUUGGCCGGUAAAGGACUGCAAUAAAGUCAUAGCAAAAUCAAAGUUAAUAAUAUUAAAAUGCAGCAACAAUAAUAAAAUUCAGUGCAAAAGUACAUAAAAUAAGCGGAGACGCGGCAGCUCGAACGUGAAUGAAAAAUAUAAGAAAUUGCCGGAGAAAAAUAGUGUUGUAGCAAUUUUCAGGAGCAAAUAUCCAACGAUAGAUAAAACUAACGCCCGACAUUAUCGUGUCGCAGAUUUUAUCAUUCUAAAAUUAAGUAAAAACGUUUACGAAAAAACGCUACAAAAUGCAGUGGGAUACAAUCGAGGAGGAGGCUAUGGGAGAAAUGGAUCUUACAAGUCAAAUGCCACACGGCCUGGAACCGGGCGCUGUCUCCGUCGCUGCCGCUGGCAACAAUAACGCUUCCCCCCGCCGCACGCAUAAUCUUAGCAUAAUGAACACCAUGGCGCACAGCGGCAUUGAUUACCAGUUGUCCUUUUACGACGAUGACGAACGGAUUAACGAGGCAGUACCGCGCUUGCCUUCCACCACUAUCGGCAUGCCCCGAAUGAGACCCUUACUCUCACCGGAAGGAUCGCCAUGCCGCUUCCAGUUUGCAGCGAGGUGCAGAAUGCAAAGAAAUCGUCGGGAUGCUAGCACCAAUGGUGAGAAUGUCCGCAAUCGUCCAUCAGUUGCAUCACGCCUACAGAAGCUACAAAAUGCCAACGCCCAGGGCAGCAACACUGCUCAAACACCCUCAAAAAGCUUGCGCAUAUUCCACAGCCUAUCGUCUGAUUCGCGGGGGUCAUCAUCAAUGGAAGAGGACGAUAUGGAAUUAUUUGACAUGGAAUCGAUGCAACAUUCCGCACAGUCAUCGAAUUCAAUGCCAAAAGUGCCCAGCGAUUUAGACUCAUUGUUUAUUGGGCAAAUCAAGAAUUUCUUUUCACCCGCCCACCGACCAGACGACGAGCAAUCGGAACUAGUGGAUCCACUGAGAACGCCCGAAAUGCGUCGACCACCAGUGCGCCGCUGUUUGAGCAUGACUGACAACUACCCAGUGUCGCCAAAUACGCCUGAAACGUUGCUACGACAAGUACAAGAAACUGCCACAAGUCCUUUCGGGCUCAAUUUGUUAACUACCCAUCGCAGCAAUGGCACCAUCAGCUAUUGUUUUAAGCGUCCCGAACCACCAUCGAAAACCAAUUCACCUGUGCAAAUUAAACGUCAUCGCACGCAAGCCGAAAAAGAGAAUCUCGACGAUUCGUUGACAACUAUGCUGGUGGCAUCACCACAACCAGUCAAAGUGCCAAGCCAUCCCCCGCCAUUGCGCAAAAGUAUGUCAAUGAAUGAUGCCGACAUCAUGUCUGCGAUAGCACGUUCCGAAAACAAGGAUGAACCGCAAUUGAUCGGUGACUUCAGCAAACCCCAUGUCUUGCCACUGAUGGAGGGACGCCAUCGUGAUCUCAAAUCGAUCUCGUGCAAUACCAUGGCACGUCUGCUGCGUGGCGAAUUCAACGAUGUUGUGUCCUCCUAUCGCGUUAUCGAUUGCCGUUAUCCCUACGAGUACGCGGGUGGUCACAUACGUGGCGCCGAAAAUCUGUACACACACGAACAGAUAAUCGGCGAGUUCGCGUCACAACAAAAGACUGCAGUGGAGCAACAAAAAUCAGCCACUGAUAAUCGUCGCAACAUCAUUAUAUUCCAUUGCGAAUUUUCAUCGGAACGUGGACCGAAAUUGUCGCGGUUUCUGCGCAGCACCGAUCGCGAACGCAACACCAAUUGCUAUCCAGCACUCGACUACCCCGAGAUCUACUUGCUGCACAAUGGCUACAAAGAGUUCUACGAACAGUAUUCGGAGUUGUGCGAUCCCAUUGCGUACUGUCCCAUGUUAGAGCCUGCGUACAACAGUGAAUAUCGUCAUUUUCGCUCCAAGUCCAAGUCAUGGAACGGCGAUGGAUUGGGUGGCGCAACUAGACGCCUAAAGAAAUCGCGUUCACGACUAAUGCUGUAAGACGGCAACAACAAUGACGGCAGCCGCGCAAGAAGCAAUUUAAAUUAUUUGUCUUGUUUAAAUACGUUUGCCGGGCAGCAGUGGAGCGCGUUCCAUCAAAUUGAUGGCGGCUCGUAUCGACAGGGAGGAGAGGAAGUAAGGUGGGGCGAAGAACAAAUUUACGUAUGCAGCAGUACAAAUGCAAAAGUUAGCUUUAACUAAAGACGCAGAAAUAUCAACUUUAGUACCAUUUGAUGUUGGCCGCCCACCGCCAACCACAUUGGAGCAACCACAUAUACACUCGCACACAUACUAAACUAUUACCAUAUUCCAUAAACAUGAAUACACACAUGCAUAUAUGCAAUUGCAACCACAAACACGAAAACGUUAGUGCACAACUGGAACACAACACAACACAACACAACAACAGGCAUUCUUCAACUUUACAUUCACUUGGUUUUUGUUGAUUUUUUUUUAUUCGAUGUUUUAUGUCCAAUUUGGAUUUUAUUUUAUAGAACUAUUUUAUAUAUACAUACUAUGUUUGUAAAUACUUGGCAACGUUUGUGUGUGUGCGUAUGUGUGCAACGACUGCACUUAAUUGUUUACGUGUGUGUGUAUGUGCGUGGUGCGUAAUGUAAUAUGUAAGAAAAUGUAACACUUUUUAGACGAUAAGUCACUUGAUGAUGUGCGUUUGUGCGCGUCUGCUUGGGCGCCUCUAUGUAAAUAUGUAUAAGAAAUGCUUAAGCAUAAAGCAGAACAUUUGCAAAAUGCUUAAAAUAUCUAAUUUAUUUGCUAUGAAUAGCUCUAGAUAGCUUAAUUUAAUUUAGUUGGUAUGUGCAAGUAGCCGGGCGCAACGCAGGCGCGCACACACAAUGCAACACAAACGCAAAACACAGCCAUUGUAAAAUUUCGUGUGCACAAAACAGGCACUUAAGUUAUUUAGAUACAAAGGCAGAAAGAUAAAUACAAAUGUAAUAUAUUUGUUUAUGGAAAUUCCUGCAAAUGCAUUAAUAAAAAGCAAAAAAAACACAAAAAAA